AUGCCCGCCGACUGGUUCGCGACGUCGGGCGCGCGCGAGCUCCGGGACAACAGCGCGCUCGACUACCGCGAGUACGUGCGCCGCAGCGAGCAGUGCGCGUCUCCCCAGUUCGAGGAGGAUCUGCGCCAGAUCGAGCUGGAUCUGCCGCGCACGGGCGAGUCCAUGCGCCUCUUCCUGCUGCGGCCCGAGGAGCGCGAGGCGCUGGACGAGGACGAGGAGCUGCCGCCUCAAGUGACGAAGCGAUUCCUCCCCCUCUUGAGGAAUAUACUCGCGGCCUACAGCGUGAGAAACCCUCGUGUGGGCUACGUGCAGGGCCACGCAGACGUGCUCUGCUUCUUGCUGGGGAACGUCAAUGAGAAGAGGGACGAGGAGGAAACGUUCUGGGUCUAUGCCAGUGUCGUCGAGAGAGUGUUUCCUGACGACUUUUUCGCACGGACACCGAAGCUGCACGGGUUUCAAGUGGACUGCAAAUUGUACCACGAGCUAGUCGUGAGGAAGCUGGUGCCACAUUACCCUAUACUGGCUAAGGCGGACUUGCCGCUAGUGGCAACGCUGCUGUCUUGCAAAUGGUUCGUCUCCCUCUGGGUCGGCGAGCUGCCCCUUCCGUUGCUGUACGAGGUAUGGGACACCAUGCUUCGAGAAGAUGACGGCACCAUACUCCAUUUACUGGUUGCACUGCAUUUUUUUCGCCUUGCGAUGGACGAGAUUCAACUCCACAUGGAAAUGGAGCAGUGGGACUCAAGUUAUAUCUACAAGAUCAUUAUGAACCAGUGCCAAACGGCCACUGAGAUUUCUCCACACGAGUUGCUUCAGCAGGCCCGGACCCUCUACGGCUUUAAAGAUGAGUCUGUGGAAGACAUGAGAGCAGCGAUUCGCCGGCUACCUCAGCUGCGCAAAGCGGAAUUCGCCGUUCUUGCUAAGCAGACGCACUUCAGCCACUUGGAGAUGGAGCGGCUGCAGGACGAGUUUACAUUUCUUCGCUUUCAACGGAAGAUCUGUGGCCGAUCCAAGUUGCGAGGUUUACGACAAGAAGAGUUGGAGGGAAUACUGUCGAGGGAGUUUAGCACGGUACGUUUGGGAAUAUGA